AUGAAGCAGCAGCAGCAGCAGCAGAAGCAGCAGCAGCAACGAAACGGCAGCAGCACCAGCCGCAGCAGCAAUACUGCAGCAGCAGAACUAAGAGCCAGCAGCACAACAGCAGCAGCACAGCAGCAGCAAAAGAUGCAGCAGCACAGCAUAUGCAACAAAACAAACAGCAGCAGAGCAGCAGCAACAGCACAGCAGCAGCAACUGCAGCACAGCAGCAGCAACAGCAGUAUAGCAGCAGCCACAAAACAGAAACGGCAGCACAGCAGCAGCAGUAGCACAGCAGCAGCAGCCCACCAACAGCAGCAGCAGCAGCCCAGCAACAACAGCAGCACAGCUGCAGCAGCACCACAACAGCAGCAACAACGAAACACCAGCGGCAGCAUCGCAGCAGCAGCAGCACAACAGCAGCAGCCCAGCAACAGCAGCAGCACAACAGCAGCAGCCCAGCAACAGCAGCAGCACAACAGCAGCAGCCCAGCAACAGCAGCAGCAGCACAGCAGCAGCCCAGCAACAGCAGCACAGCAGCAACUCAGCAGCAGCAGCAGCAGCACAGCAGCAGCCCAGCAACAGCAGCACAGCAGCAGCCCAGCAACAGCAGCAGCAACCCAGCCACAGCAGCAGCAGCCCAGCAACAGCAGCACAGCAACAGCAGCAGCAACAGCAGCAGCAGCAGCAGCAGCAGCAGCAGCAGCAGCAGCAGCAGCAGCAGCAGCAGCAGCAGCAGCAGCAGCAGCAGCAGCAAGGCAGCACG